AUGGAAAUCAUAAAAGAUCAUAAAGAUCGACCUCCUGCUUUACGGCGUUCCUUAAGAAUACAAAACAGGGACGAGAGAAGGCGACGUGAGGAUGUUGAACGUAAAGAGAUUGAAGAACGAGGUGCCUUAAUACGGCUUCCAAAACGCCUUACUAAACUACCUGCUUGUAAAUCCGCUUCAACCGUCAUGCCAAAGAGAAGAAAACUUUAUCGUUAUAUAAACUUUUCUCACCUUGGUAAUUCUGGUACUACCGUUAAUCUUACAAACAUCCCUUUGGAUUUACUAAUAUAUAUGUUGGAAUUCCUUG